UCGUGUUCUUUUAUUAAUAUAUGAUAUCUGCACGCUAACUAAUAACUUACUCUAUAAUUUAUUGAAUUUCUAUUAUUAACUAUAUGAACCAAUAAUUAUUAUUGUUUACCAAGAAAAAACAAAUAUUUACCAGUUUAACGACCAUACCUAUGACAAGUUGCAUCAAGACAUUAGGUGGAAAAAAACAUUUUCAAACCAUGUCUAUAGACGAUCAGAGUGAUUCUGAAUACUUCAGUUCCGAUCCAGUUCAAUACAGGAAACGAUUGGAUGCGCAGUUUUACGAAACACCUUGUGAAGAAUUGGCUAUGAGUUUACUGGGAAAAGUACUUGUCAGACGAUUAGAUGAUGGUACCGUUGUUAGGGGUAGGAUUGUUGAAACCGAAAGCUAUCUGGGCCAUGAAGAUGCUGCUUCCAUAUCGUACAAAGGAAAAGUUACACCUCGAAAUGAACCCGUGUUCAUGAAACCCGGAACAGCUUUUGUUUAUAUGACAUAUGGAAUGUACCAUUGUUUCAAUAUUUCAAGCAAAGGAGACGGUGCUUCGGUUUUUUUAAGGUCGAUAGAGCCUUUGGAUAAUUUGAACACUAUGGCAUAUCUACGAAAACAAUUUAAAAAAUCUACAAAAACAGUGAUUGCGAAUAAAGAUUUAUGCAAUGGCCCUGCAAAGUUAUGUAUUAGCUUUGCGAUUGAUAUAAAAUCUUGUAAUAAGCAAGAUCUGACUUCAUGGGAUGGAAUGUGGGUAGAAGAAGAUGAAAAUAGUAAAUUGAUUGACACAAUUGUUUGCUCGCCAAGAAUAGGUAUUAAAUGUGAAAAAAUGUGGCAAGAUAAAUUUUUAAGAUAUUAUAUUCGCGAUAAUCCCUGUGUUAGUAAGAUAGAAAAAACUAAAAUGAAUGAAUUGAAAUAUUCACAAAUUGAAAAUAUAAAAUAAAAAUGACCUAUACAUAUUAAGUAACAUGUUCCAACUUUAAAUGUAUUCAAUCACCUUAAUGUUUUUAUUUCCCUUGUAAUGUCAGGAAGUGAGAAAUAUUAAUAAAUGUUAGUUUAUUACCUUUUGGAUAUUAUUAAUCACUUAAGGCGUAACUAAUAAUUAUUUUGUCUAGCAUAAAAAAUAAAUCAAAUUAGUUACAUUAUUUUACUCCAAAAAUUAUCAUUGAGACUUGUGUAAAAUAUUAAUAUUUAGUGACAAUAUUAGUCCAUAAUGUUUUCAAAAUUCUAUUUCUGUAUUUCAUUAAUUAUACAUACAUAACUCAAUCUGAAGUACAACAAUACUACCUUUUUGUUUUUUCAAUGAUUAAAAAUUAUUCAUUUAAAUUAACACUAAUUAAUUAACAUAAAAAUGUACAUUGUACGUAUUAUUUUCAAUUUAUUUUUUAGCGUAUUAUAUUAUAUAUUAUUGUUGAGGUAUACAUUUUUUUUAAACUUAGACAAUAAGUAGUCUUGUUUUAUGAAACAUCUAUAUUUUUUUGGCUUUGAAAAAAUUUUCAAAUAAAUUAUAAAAAAAAAAACACAU